CAGAAUAACGGAUGCUGGGUCAGCAGACCUGGCAGAACGCCAGAGAAUGGAGCGAGUUGGAUGUUGUGUGUUUUCAGUUCUCGUGUGUUAUGUAAUACUCUCAUCAGCAGAAGCUAAAUCUAUACCCAUAAAACAUGGCAUAGGCCACCCAGUCAUAUUAAUUCCAGGUGAUGGGGGCAGUCAGGUGGAAGCCAAGCUUAACAAGACUGUAGUUCCACACAGUUACUGCGACAAGAUCACUAGUGAUUACUUCAACCUAUGGCUGAACCUAGAGCUUCUAAUUCCCUAUGUGUUAGACUGCUGGGUCGACAACAUGAGGCUGGAUUACGACAAUGUAACAAGGAAGGCCAGCGAACCCGAAGGUGUUAACAUAAGGAUUCCUGGCUUUGGAAACACCACGACUGUAGAGUGGCUGGAUCCCAGUCAGGCCUCACCAGGCCUGUACUUUACAAAGAUAGUAGAUGCCUUGAUCGCGUUGGGAUACACGAGAGGGUUAAACAUCAAAGGUGCGCCGUACGACUUCAGAAGAGCACCAAACGAACACGGCGAAUACUUCAAGCGGCUGAAGACACUCGUUGAGCAGACGUACUACUCAAACGGCAACCACAAGGUCGUGCUGCUCUGCCACUCGAUGGGCAACCCAAUGGUUCUCUACUUCCUCAACGGGCAGUCGCAGGCGUGGAAGGACAAGUUCGUGCACUCGAUGUUCGCUCUCGCCGGCGUCUGGGGCGGCACGGUGAAACCGAUUAGGGUCUACGCAUCCGGUGAGAACCUGGGCGUGUUUCUGCUGAACCCGCUCACGCUGAGGAAGCAGCAGCGUAGCACUCCCAGCCUCGCCUUCCUCUUACCGAGCAGUGACUUCUGGGGACCGGACGAGGUGCUGGCGACGACGGCGCAGCGCAACUACACCGUCAAGGACUACAAGGCCUUCUUCGACGACCUGGGUUAUCCGAACGGCUACGACUCGUGGCUCGACACGCGCGACCUGAUCGACAUCGGCAAGCCGCCGGGCGUCGUCGUGCACUGCCUGCACGGCGCGAAGGUGGACACGGCCGAGCGAUUCGCGUGGAAGGCGGGCAAGUUCCCCGACCACCAGCCGACGGCGACGUACGGCGACGGCGACGGCACGGUGAACAUGCGAAGCCUGCGCGGCUGCCUGCGCUGGGAGCGCGCGCAGAAGCAGAAAGUGUACGAGCGCGGCUACAAGGGCGUCGACCACAUGGGCAUCCUCCAGCAUCCCCCCAUCAUCGACUACCUGCAGAAGGUGCUGUUCUCUUGACGCGGCGGCGACGCGAGGCAAUACGAAGAAUAAGAGAAUCUUUUGUAGCUUCUUAGAUGCCAUACGUAUUAGGGGUGGGACGAUUCGUCGAUGUGUUGACGUAUCGCGAUACAACAGACUUCGAGGAUACGCGCAUUGACAUGUUUGACGAUUCAAGAUACGCGUAGCGGUGCCCUACUGACUGAAAUCCAUAUUUUUUAGAAGUGUAGUUUCAUCCAAAAACAAAAACGUUUUCGUAAUUCCAUAGCAGUGAGUUGUUUACUAAGCACUCUACGAUAAUGAUUUGUAAGCGUUUAUAUGAUUGGUGGUGUACCGGUGAAGUAUAUCGUUAGAGAAUGGUGAGACGUAUUGUAUCGUGUAGGCUGAACGUGGUACCGAUCGUAUAGUGAGUUACUCGUAUCGUCUCACACCUAGUACCUACAAGGAUGUGUCCGUUCCAGCUGCAUGUGCAGGUCAGUGCUGAAGUUGUUAGGAAUAUCAUUUUAGUUCUUUGCGGGUUCUGAGUCUACCAUGGCAAAUGAUCAGUUAGUUACUUUGCAUCAUAUUAGGCAGAUAAGUAGUUGCUAAAUGAUGCAGAAAUCUGUUGAAGAAACCGAUAUAGUUUACUGGUGCGUAUCAGUAGUGGAAUUAUCGAUGACAACAAUCAGUGGAAACCACGGGCUGAGAAAAACUGUGAUCAUUUUCUAAAUCGUUUUAAGAUCUGUAGGGAAGUUUGGAUCUGUAUUGAAACUUAAAAGUUGUGUUAUUUAAAAAAAAAGUUAUUUAAAAUUUGUAACUCUGGUCAUUCACAUAGUGACACUAGAUAGCACACCAGUCAUUUUUGCACACAUCGUUUCAACCUAAGUGUAACCCAUGCUGCUUCACACAUUUUUGUAUAUGGUUAAAUAGUUUCUCUUCCUUUUAGGUCAUCGAUCUAAUAAUAAUAGCAGUAGUAAUAAUAAUUAAUGUUAAUGUUCCUACAGAAUGCCAUUGUGUCGUGCUGUAAUUGUUUGAAUUAUCUUAAGACAGUUGAUCAAAUCUAAUGUCUCUGUUCUCUGUUCUUGUCUGUGCUAGACAGGAGGGCAGAUAUAGAGCCUAACCCAUAAACCUGAAAUCGGAAUAAUACAAAUUGGAAUGGGUGAGCUUUUUAACUUGCUCCAAUGAUUGCGAUCUGUUUACGUACAAACGAGCGAGUUUUGCAAGCACAUAAGGUCACCGCUUUGAUAACAGUAAAUUUCCGGUCGGGAAAAAUGGACCGCAACCCAAAGAUAACCGAUCGUUCUCCUUUCAACAAUGCAUCAGUUCAGUACAACUAUAGUAGAUUGUACAACCGCAAACACUCGAACAGCUGAGUGGAAAUUAAUUGUUAUGGGUUUUGUGUGGGGUUUCAAACAGAAUGGCGUCGAACGAUCGGAACAUGUUCAAGUAUUAUUACGAUGCUCAUUCCCGUCAGGGACUUAAACGUUCGUGGUUAACGACUUAAACGUUUAUGGGUUAAUUUAUACACGUUGUGAAUAUGUACCCAAGUGUGAGACAGUAGGUCCAUAGGACAGAUAUUACCGUGGUGGAUCGAAUAGGACGUCUGUUAUCUGUUUUGUCAUGUUUUAUUCUUGGUUAUUUAUCUGUCUACCAGGCAGUUUUUUACAUUUGCUCACAUACGGAUUCCCAAGAUCUGACUGUAUACAUGUUUAUCGGUUUAUCCUAGCCCCUUGCACGGGUAUUCAAUAUUUAUAAACGUUCGGUUUGGUUGCUUUUAUUGCCUUUUUAAAUUGCGCACACAACUAAAGAAUGUUUGGAUGUCCAAAAAAUAUGAUCUUAUAGUAACGGAAGACAUGUAUCCUCAUAUGAUGUAUGGUGUAAAUAUGUAUCCUACAUGCGUGUGAAUAUGUAUGUUCCUUGUUAGUACUGUAAGCCAAAAUAAUAACAUUGACCAUAUAAUUUUACGCAAUAUAAAUAUUCAAAAGUCCUAGAUAGAUUUAUGAUUUGUGAUUCGAGCCGAGUUUUGUAUUCCGUACGUCUCUGUAUUUCAGGCACGUUGUGUUGUUGACUUACUUUAGUUGAAAUCCUUGACAUUGAAAUGAAUUUUAAUGACGUAAAAAUUUCGCGAACUUGAUGGCGUUUCUAAAGCUUCAUGGGAUUAGGUUAUUUGGUCAGAGAACGAAGUAUGUGUUACAUUCGCUUACCAAAUAAGCUUGUGGUUAUACAAAAACAAAUCUGAUGUUCAAGAACGGCAGUUUAGUUGCGCUGUUAAACAUUGAAACGGGUUAACACCGUACGGCGUGAAUGCAAUCCAGUUUUUAUGUCAUGAAUAAAUAUUCUUUACUAUAGUGAAACCGAA